AUGAAGUGGAAGGAGCGGAGCUUUAUUCCUCUUUUAUAUUGCAAUACGUAUAGUUUGCACCAAUUAUCAGAGCAUAACGUUAUUUGUGUUACAUUGUCCGGAAAAGUACAUUGGACAAAUGACACAGAACCAACAGAUUUAGUUGUAUUAUUCAACGAAAAUCUAGAUAAUGGUGAAAAUUUGGAAAUUGUUGCAUCUGAUUAUACAAAACAAAGUGGCAGUGAUGAUGUAGCAGUUCUUGUUACAUGUUGGGUAUUAUUUGAUCAGUUUUGGCUACCAAAACGUUAUUUUGCUGCAAUGUUCAAAAUAACAGCCGAUUGUAAAUUCAGUUUAAGUUAUAAAUUGGAACUUGAUAAUGUUCCUUCGUAUACUCGAAUAACAGCUGAGGCAGCGGUUGCUAAUAAUCGCCACUGCUGGCUUAUAUUUACCGCUUCACGUGCUGCUCGUUUAUUUGUUGUCCAGCCCGUAUCACUUGAAGUAGAAGAGAUUGAUUCAGUUGGUGACAUUUAUCCAGGACUUGAUUUGGGUGAUCUACCAGGUUCUGCUAUUAGAUCAAAUUGUCUUCAAACAUCAACAUAUCGAUGGUCUGUACUUGGUUUUGAUACAGGUUAUGUGAUUGUAACAGCAUUAUCGAUGCGAACAAAUUUUAUAGAGGACAGGAGUAAAUUGAAAUUUUCUGGUGCCAUAUCAGUUCUGCUAAUUUUGCAACACAUUGGACGAGAGGAUAAAAUUUCGGUGCUAGUAUCUUCAACGUUAGGACCAGCAGCCGUAUGGAUGCUAUUUCUAUCUCCGGAUAAAAGUCAUUUUGAGUGGAAAAGAAUGACGGUAUUGGAGGAUACACGUGGCCAUGAUGCUGUUGUAUGUUCUGCAUCCGGUCAUCAGUUGAUUGCAAUUGGAACAUAUGGUGGAGUCAUUUUGAUAUAUAAACGAGCAGAUUUGUUAUCAGAUGAUAAUUAUGCAGCUCCCUACUCAGUUAUUGAAAUGCAUGUGUCAGUGAUAUCAAUGAUUUUUCUCAGAGAUGAUAAGUUAGCAGUUUUAACAACCAGUGGUUUGCAUACUGUUGAAUGCCAGAGGCAGAACGAUAAAACUGCCAUCGUUUAUUGA